AUGAACCGUGAGGACGAAGAUCUAAUUAACAAAAAAUUCUUGGGAUGUGCACUGUAUUCUUACAGUGAGCCAGACCCUAAUGAAAGGAAACAAAUUGUAGACGCCAUCGAUUAUAAGGCAAUAAAUCGUGACUUAGUAUCUGGUGUAUUUAACUUGAUGGGCAGCUCUGCGGAAGAAUUUCAUUUUGCCAUUGAUGAGUAUGACCAUUUACAUGUUUACAACCCGCGUUUGACUGACGGCAAUAUUGAUGACGAUGAAGAAUAUGAAAGAGUUGUUAAGAGGAAACUUCAUUUAUAUGGUGCCGAGGUAUUCAACUGGACCGACAAAGAUGACUAUGAAGAAAUUAUUAAUGAUAAAACAUACCGGCAUGUAGAAAAAGAGGCAAACCAGACAGGAGCAGGCCACAAAGUUUACGGCCCUCUUCCUUUACUCCUUAAUUAUACUGAUGAUAUAUGUUCAUGCUGGGUACCACGAUGUGUGGAAAGAGCGCUUCAUAGAAGUGGAAACUAUAUCAAGCCAGAUAAACAACGAUUUCCUGACAUAGAUCUAGAAUUGUGGCGAUACCAUGUUGGAUAA